AUGGGAUUUUUCAUGUCGACGAAGAUCGGAGGGAUUUUUGCGUUUGCUCUGGGUAAGACAUCUCGAGCUCCUCCGUGGGUUUUAUUUAUUAGGCUGCGAGCCACUUUGGAUGCUUUGGCGGGGAAAGCUGUCGUAUAGCUACAUUUUGAUAUCCCUGUCUGACAUGUCAGUGUGUAGAGUUUUAUCUUUAUCUCCAUCGGUGAUGCAUGAUGGUUAUAAGAGGUGCCUGACGUGGCCAACUGCUUGUAGUACACCCAUGCACGAUACAUACAGGGUCUCCAUACUUAGGUGAUAGUACAACAGCUACUGUAGUUGACAAUAUAAAACUACAGCCAUAAACUGUUUUGUUUUCAUCUUAAUGUCUCUUUUGCCAUCAUCUCGAGAUGUAACCACCCCUAAUGAGUUUCCCUGUCACAGUAUGUUUUAUCAUCUGCAUGUUUUGUCAUUAAAUUAUAAGUGGCUCUAACCAGAGCGAUGCACCCCAUGUGGAAGAAUUGUAUUGGCUGCAGCAGCCGGGACUAUUCCCCGUGGAAACAUCUGCUCCACAUCCCACCACUGCUGAUGCCUCUGAGAAAGUCCAAUUCGCAUUUUAAGCCACAGAUCACCAUAAAUCCUCGUGAAAUUAUACAGCAAUUGCAUGUUUUAUGAAGCAGUGCCACCAAACAAGAAGUCAUAUUGAGGAUUUAUAAUACAAAUCUGGCAUGACCCUUGUGCUGUUUAAUACAUUAGGAAUAAACUUGCUUCAUCUUGCAAAUAAAAAGUGUACAUUAUAUAUACUUUCAGGUCAAUCCUAAACCAUAUGUACGUGUGUGUUUUGCAGUAUUCCUUUCUCUAAGUGUAUUAGGAGACCCUGUAGAUGUGAAGUGUGAGAACAUUUACAAGGACUUCUCCGACUGUGUCCUGGAGCUGGGAGAGAGCAUGGACAACUAUCAAGAGAACGUGACGAGUGAGAGGGGAGUGGCAGCUGUGUGCAGGUGAAAAAAAAACCCAAUGUGUGUGCCUAUGUCUGAAUGUGUAUGCGUGCAGCAUCCAUUUGCGUACACAGGAUAUCCCAAGUGGAGUCUGUACACUUGUAUUUGGAUCAAACAAACCUUGCUGAUCUUACCCAGAGAGGAUGAGAAUAGAGCUGAGAGACACACUGGCCGUGAUGUGGUGGGAUAAAAAAAAGUCAAAAUUAAACCCACUGAUCUUCAACAUUGUGCACAUAAUUGUUCUUUAAUUUAAUGUGUACCAAACAGUGCAUGAUUGAGUCAAAUAAUGUAGGCAGAUACAGCAUAAAAAAUUCAUCUCUUGACAAAAUACUUGGGAGAAUAAAGAGCAGAUGCCAUCAUCUCUGAGGGAGAACAGAGAAAUGAAUAGUGUGGAGACACUGAGCCACUGUACUAAAUAAUUUAUGACUUUGCUGCAGCAGUAAUGAAAUUCCAGGGACGUUUUUUGUCAUUGUUAUUGCAUGCAUCCCUACAAGCCCAGCCUGGUAUAUUAAAGACAAAGAUUUACACAUUCUGUUAGAAAAUUGCACUCUUGCAAUAUCAUCUGCGAUAUUGUUUCACUAUCCAUUGCAGUUGCCAUGGUAAUCAAAGCUCAGUUUGACUUUCCUGGAGCCAUCUGAGUGAUAGAUCAUUGGCAGCUGAAUUAAUCCAUGUCAUCUAGUGCAGGACUGACUGGCUGAACUUUUAGAGUGUAGUGGCAGAUGCAGCAUUGAUCCCAUGAUCCUCUGUUUGUCACAGCCACUGGGAAGCUUUCCACACAUGUGCCCUCACAGCGCUGUCCGAUUGUCAGCAAGAAGUCAGCUCCAUCUGGGAGACACUGAGGCAGGACUCCAGGAAGAUGCGCUUCCAGGGGAGCCUGUUCGACCUGUGCAGCCCCAGUUCCUCUCCCAGCAUACAGUCUCCCCUCUACACCCUUAUCCUGCCCCUGACAGGCAUGCUGAUCAUGACUGGAUCCUAUAAAUAG